AUUCAUGCAAAUGAAGCCAAUCAUCCUUACAUCACUGCCUAUGGUACCAAGAAACUUCCAAAACAGUCAUCCUAUGAUGAUACCAGUAAACCUUACAUAACACAAUAUGGUGGAACCGAUCCCAAACCUGAUCUGAAAAAGUCUUCCAGCGUGGAUCAUACAGAGGCUUUCAAGGCAGGAUUUUUCGCUUUGAAUGAUCUUUAUGUUGGGAAUGUGAUGACACUGCAAUUUCCCAUUGAAGAGGUUUCUCACUUUCUUCCCAGAAAGGAAGCUGAUUCUAUUCCUUUCUCAAGCUCACAACUUCCAAGUGUUCUUCAACUCUUCUCGAUCCUAGAAGAUUCUCCCGAAGCUGUUGCCAUGAGAGGAACACUUGAAGAAUGUGAAGGAGAACCCAUCACAGGAGAGACCAAGAUGUGUGCAACCUCUCUAGAGUCCAUGCUCGAAUUCGUUAGCACCACCAUUGGUUCAGGGACCAAGAACAACCUUCUCACAACUAGCCUCCCCACAAUCUCUGGUGUCCCUCUACAAAAGUUCACAAUUUUGGAUAUAUCAGAAGAUAUCAAAGCUCCUAAAUGGGUGGCUUGUCAUCCCCUAACUUACCCUUAUGCCAUUCAUUACUGUCACUUCAUAGCCACAGGGAGCAAGGUGUUCAAGGUCUCAUUAGGUAGUGAGAAUGGAGAAAACAAAGUUGAAGCUCUGGGCAUCUGUCAUUUAGACACAUCAGAUUGGGAUCCAAACCACAUUUUGUUUAGGCAACUUGGAAUUAAAGCUGGGCAAGAUCCAGUGUGCCAUUUCUUCCCCGUAAAACAUCUACUGUGGAUUCCCCAACCUUCACAAGCCACCAUGUGAAGGAACUUCGCUAGCUUCUACAAUAAACGUCAAUCUUAGUAGAGAUGACCAUGUUCCUAAUGUGGAGUUUCUCCUUGUGUUGAGGUUUUUAUGCCUUGUUUUCUAUACAAUAAUGUGUUAGGUAGAAAAAACCUCCUGUUAAUGUUUGUUAAUGUUUAUGUUCCUUGAAAGAGCUCGACAACUCAACAUUCACAAUGAAUAUAUAUAUAUAUAAUCAAAA